GAAUUCAAUUCCUUUCUUCCCCCGCACAGUCGGUUCAGCUGCGAGUUUUGCCGCGCAGGAUGCUGCUUGCUGGCUCGUUGGCCUGAUUGCAACUGGAAAGACUCACGGUCUUGCGUCGACGCGUGAGAUUCGUAUUUGCUGCAUUGUCCCUUUCCUUGCAUGAGCUCACCUCUGCUUAUCUGCUGACUAUUACUAUUUAUUUUCUUAAUAUUCAUUUUUACCUGCUCACUGUUAUCACUCCCGUCCCUUAAUAUCAAGACGGGCGAACCCCCUGCGUCCAUGGUUCUGGUUCACAGUUCGUUCUUCCUCCACACUGUCUGAUCGAUUCCCAACGGUUCCUCUGGAAUCGUCGAGUCGAGAGAGCCGCAGGUGAAGAGCAAUAGACAAGGGAAGAAGACGGAUAUUCCCGCUUCGUACACCACCCAGCAUGGCCGCGGACACCCCCGAGGUGACGACGACCACCCUUACACAUGCAAGAGAUCCUGCUCUUGAUCCCGCUAAUCAACAUCAUCAUGCGCAUCAUAACCAUACAGCCUUCGCGGAGCGCGAUCGCGAGGACGAUGUAGUCUAUGCCAAGGACCCAACUCUCGACAAGACCAUGGCAGCAGACCCCAGUCCGCUCGAACAUUAUACCAGGAGCUCCAGCGGCGACGACCCGGAACAGACAGGCCAGAGUUACCCCAAGCGCCCCUGGCACCGCCGGGUGCUGAAGCAUUGGCGACAUGCUAUCUAUGCCGUCAUCUUCCUCUUGUUCACAGGUUGGUGGAUUGCAGGCCUUAUCCUUCAUCGGUAUGACUUGGGCUGGAUCGUCCCCUUCUUGCUUUGGCUCGCAAUCACGUUGCGCAUCGUCACCUUGUAUAUUCCAGUCACCAUCGUGACGAAGCCGACGUUCGGCCUGUGGAAUAUAAUCGUUCCACGGUUAAUCGCUCUUAUCCCUGAGAAGCUCAGGAUUCCCAGCGCUGCAUUCGUGACAAUCGCAGUCAUCCUUAUUGGCACAUUUGCGUCUGGCGAAACGGCAGACAAUACUCGCGAGAACCGCGCUGUCAGUCUCUUCGGACUGAUCGUCUUCCUCUUCGCACUGUGGGUUACCUCGAGGAACCGUAAGAAGAUCGUCUGGCACACAGUUAUCGUGGGCAUGCUGUCACAGUUCAUCAUUGCCCUCUUCGUCCUCCGAACCAAGGCCGGUUACGAUAUCUUCAACUUCAUCUCCGAGAGAGCUCGGGAUCUCCUCGGUUUCGCAGAUAAUGGAGUCGUCUUUUUGACCACCAGUACCGUCCCAUCCACGGGCUGGUUCCUUGUCACCGUUAUCCCAGCCAUCAUCUUCUUCGUUUCCCUGGUCCAGCUCCUGUACUACUUCAAUGUCCUGCAAUGGUUUGUCGUCAAGGCCGCCACGUUCUUCUUCUGGCUCAUGCGCGUUUCCGGUGCCGAGGCCGUCGUAGCUGCUGCCUCUCCUUUCAUCGGACAGGGAGAGUCCGCCAUGCUCAUCCGUCCCUUCAUCCCCCAUAUGACCAUGGCCGAGAUACACCAAGUCAUGUGUUCUGGCUUCGCGACAAUCGCAGGAAGCGUGCUGAUCUCCUACAUCGGCAUGGGCGUGAACCCGCAGGCGCUCGUCUCCUCUUGCGUCAUGAGCAUCCCCGCCUCCCUGGCGGUGUCGAAAAUGCGCUGGCCUGAAGAAGAAGAGACACUAACCUCCGGGAAAGUCAUCGUGCCAGAGGACCCGGAACACCGUGCAGCCAACGCCCUCGAUGCCUUCUCCAAGGGAGCAUGGCUCGGCCUCAAAAUCGCCGCCAUGAUCGCUUCAACCCUGCUCUGCAUCAUCUCGCUCAUUGCCCUCUGCGACGCUCUGCUCACCUGGUGGGGCCAUUAUCUGAAUAUCAACCAUCCACCCUUGACUAUCGAAAUGAUAGUCGGUUAUAUCUGCUACCCCAUCUCAUUCCUCUUGGGCGUAUCCCGGGAAGGCGAUGAUAUCUACAAAGUAGCAAAACUGAUUGGAAUGAAAAUCGUCACUAACGAAUUCGUCGCCUACAAUGACCUCCAACAUUCAGAAUACUACGCCGACCUCAGCCCCCGCUCCCGGCUAAUCGCAACCUACGCCCUCUGCGGGUUCGCCAACAUCGGCUCCCUUGGCAACCAGAUCGGUGUCCUGGCCCAGCUCGCACCGGGUCGUAGCGGUGAUAUCUCCCGCGUGGCCGUCAGUGCCAUGAUCACCGGUGCUCUGAGCACGUUCACCAGUGCGUCUUUUGCGGGCAUGUUGAUUAUGGAUGAAAAACAGUAUUUUACUGUGUCGAAUGCUACUACUUCAUAGCAUAGCCUUUUUUUGAGAUUUGCUUACAGUGGUGUUGAGCGGAUGUAUAUAUAUCAUAUGCAUGGUGUUUCUUCUUUUGGUU